AUGCCCUCCAAUAUGCAAAUGCAAUCCAUCUCGGGCAUCAUUACUCAGAUUCAUGUCACUAUGGAAGAAGUGCCACCUGCGUUAGUCGGUGCAUCAGUAAAUGUCAUUGACGAUAAAGUUUAUGUAUUUGCGGGACGAUUAGCCACAUCUCGAAAAAUGACAAACUAUCUCUACAUACUUGAUCUCAAUACGCUUUGCUGGACUCGUCAUAUUCCCCCACCCGAUUCAGAUAGUCCACCCAAAGCACGGUAUUUCCACUCGACCAGCGUAUACAAGAACCAAUUAAUUAUAUUUGGCGGUAUGGGACAUUCGAGGAUAUCCAGCGAAGGAUUAUGCGUAUUGGACGAUGUAGCUGUUCUCGACAUUGAAACCAUGUGUUGGAGAAAACAAUCCAUUCAGCCUUCGUUGUAUUCGCCACAAGCAAGAUACGCCCAUCUAUCAUCGGUUGCAGAGGACAAGUUGCUGAUUGUCGGCGGCCAGGAUUUGGAUAACAACUAUCUGGAUGAAAUGAAUGUGCUGAAUCUCAAGACAUGGGAAUGGGAACAAGUAAAGGCGUUUGAGAAACAUGUGGGUGCUUACAGAUCCAUUGCUGUCACUGCUCCACCCGGUACUCGGUUUCCAUCAUCAACUUCCAUGAAGCAACAACACGAUGACAUGACAGACGAGCAUCCAGUCAGUACCAACGAAUCAAACAACACAACAUCUGACGAUGUGCGGGCAACUUCUCUUCGACAAUUCAGCACAACCACACUUCAAUCAAUAGGUGAUGAAGCAAGCCCUGUCUAUCUCUAUACCAAUUACAACUUUGCGGAUGUUAAACGAGAGCUGCAAGUGAUAUUCACCAACAAUAGCCCCAACAGCUCAGCAGCAGCGAGUACCACUUCACCACCACCACCACCACCACCACAGCACCCAUCGAGCACCAUUGUAGAGGAUUGCUCGCAUUACAUGAAUGGAUCCAUAAUGCCCCCUGGGCUACGAUUCCCCACAGGUCACACCCUCGGUAAUCAUCUGAUUUUAGCAGGUACCUAUUUAUCGCCUCAGACACAAUCUUAUACUAUUUGGGCUCUUGAUCUCGGUAAGCUCACUUGGUCACGUAUCGAGACAGGCACUGUAUUCAACACAGGAUCAUGGAACCGUGGCGCACUUCACACAAGAUCAAACCGAUUCCUCGUGUUUGGUAACUCAAAUAGAAGCCUGCUGGACGACUACAAUCACCGACAAGUCAAUUUUGAUCACAUCGCCAUGGUGGAUUUGGAAGCAUUUGGAGUGUAUUCGUUGCCUAAAGCAACCUGUUCCUCAUUGGCUCAGGAGAUGGGGCUACGACUUUUAAAUGAACCUGCUGUUUCUGAUUUUCACAUCAUUACUCAAGAUAAUCAGAGUAUUCCCGUCAAUUCGGCCGUACUAUGUCAACGAUGGCCUUAUUUUAGCAAUUUAAUGAAGAACAAUCACCAGGUUGUCAGCCAGUCAACUUCUAAACGCUCUUCACAACAUGUACAGCAGCCUGUAGCGGUGGAGGAAGAAGAGGAAGAGGAAGAAAAGGAGCAGGAGGACAAGAAAGAGGAGGGUCACAGACAAGAGGAGGUGGAGAUCAAAGAACAUGAACACAAUGAUGAUGAGAAAAAGGAGACAUUGGAGUCGUCCAUCGUAUCAGCUACAGCAGCACCAGCAUCCAACACACCUUCACUUUCACUCAUCAAGGACAUCAAUGACACACCGAUUGAUCUACCCAGCGAUAAAAACGAGGAGAUGGGAGAGGGAAACGCUACAAAAGCUCAAAAAGAAGAAACGACAGUAGAUCAAGAAGGCUCCAUUACACUGAUCAAAAGCCAUUACAUGUCAUUCCCAUACCCUCAUGCAGUCGUCAUUGCUCUGCUACAGUACAUCUACACUGACAACCUACUCACUGCACAGCAAUAUCAGCCUCACAUCCUGUCUCAGUUGUUAUUACUAUCCGAUAUGUAUGAUAUCCCGCGUCUACGAGAACUCUCAACACAUGCACUCCAUCAGAUGCUUAAUAUGUCGACUGCCCCUUUGAUUUUUGAAACAGCUGCUCUCUCUCAUCAAACAAGUCUACAAAUUCGUGCACUCAAGAUGAUGAUUGCAGCGAAAAAGAUGAUCCAACAGCAACAGCAAAUGCAACAGCAACAGCAAAUGCAACAGCAACAACUACAGCACAGCAGCUCCAUCAGAUCAAGAACGGUGUCCACACCUGCUGUCGUUGCAGCCUCCAAUUUGAUGGAUCCACCGGUGCCUAUAUCACCUACAACCUCAUUAUCCUCCUCUAGUUACAACAACACGAGCAAUGCCACAGCUGAAAAUCUGAUGGCAUCAGCAACGACAUCACCCUCUGCCACUAGAUUAUCCAAUUACGACACAUUUGCAAGCAAUACAGCAUCUCCUACAUUGCAAUCCUUCAGAUCAAGAAAGCCAUCGCUCAGCAGUAACCGAUCCACAGCCCCAUCUGCUUAUUCACCACAGCAGUUACAACAGAGAUCAUCUACUUUGAGCGGAAUGUAUUCGCCGUCUCGAAAUGCAUAUAGCCCACCUGCUACCCCACGCCAACAGAGAUCGUAUCCCACAUCGGAAUUGGAUUUAAAUACUUCAAGUCCCAGAAGAUCCUCCAGUCCACCUCCAAAACAGCCACAGGCCAAAGAGAAAAAGAAGAAGAAGGCCUUUCUGGAGGCAUUUGGCAAAUUCUCAUCAUCCAUUUCAUUUCAAAACAGCAACCAUACUAAUAGCAACAACACUUGA